AAAGAAGCCAGCGGAGCUGUCCAGCGAAAUCAGUUGUUCUCUCCACGCCCCUCUUUCUCGCGUUGCCAGCCGCCGCCGCCGCCACCCCUGUCCCCUUCCAUUGUGUUCCGCCUUUCCAGCGUCGCCCGCUUCCUGCGAAGGACCUCAAGCCGGUUUGGAGCGGCGAGGCUGCUUUGGGCAUCCUGAGCCUGGAAUUGCCAUGGAGCUGUACGGAAAGAUGGCCUCUGCUCAAGACACCAGGUAUGGCCAGAAAGACUCCUCUGAUCAGAACUUUGACUACAUGUUCAAAUUGCUCAUCAUCGGCAACAGUAGCGUGGGGAAAACGUCUUUCCUCUUCCGUUACGCAGAUGACUCCUUUACGUCUGCAUUCGUCAGCACAGUCGGGAUUGAUUUCAAAGUAAAGACUGUGUUCAAAAAUGAAAAGAGAAUCAAGCUUCAGAUUUGGGACACAGCAGGCCAGGAGAGAUACAGGACCAUCACCACAGCCUAUUACCGUGGGGCCAUGGGCUUUAUUUUAAUGUACGACAUCACAAACGAAGAGUCCUUCACUGCGGUGCAGGAUUGGUCAACUCAAAUCAAAACAUACUCUUGGGACAAUGCCCAGGUUAUCCUGGUUGGGAACAAGUGUGACAUGGAAGAUGAGCGGGUUGUCUCAACUGAGAGAGGCCAGCAUUUAGGAGAACAGCUUGGUUUUGAGUUCUUUGAAACAAGUGCCAAGGAUAACAUCAACGUCAAGCAGACGUUUGAGCGCCUGGUCGAUAUCAUCUGCGACAAGAUGUCGGAGAGUUUGGAGACCGACCCCGCCAUCACUGCCGCGAAGCAGAACACGAGACUCAAGGAGAGCCCUCCUCCACCGCAGCCCAACUGCGGCUGUUAAUGAUGCCGCGCGCACAGGGGUUCCGUUGCCAACCGAUAGCAUUUCUAAAUGGUCGAUUAGCUUUCAUUUAUGCUGCCUAAUAAUUAUGUGAGGGAAGUCUUUGAUGUUGAUGGCUCUCAAUGCGUUCGAUUCUUGGGAGGUUUCCAGUGUCCCUAAAUGGCAACCAUGUGAUCUUAAAUCUGUAAGGACUAGCCAUUUGUAAACAUCUGGUAUUUGCAUGUGACUAGUUAUUAUUUGUCUUGUAGGCUUUUUAAAUUUUUUUCCUUUCCAACUUUCUUCUCAGUGAAGCCACUGUGGUGACCUCAGAUGAGAUCAUGACACCAUAGCUGAGUUUUGUGCCACGGAUUCAAAUGAUGCUUUUCCCUUGUCAAGUUGAUGGCCAAGGAAUUGUGUGUGUGUGUGUGUGCACAUAUACACCCAGGCAGGUGCACACACGCACACACAUUCAAGUUGAGGAGAAGCUCUCAGGAGACUUCACUUGCUUUACUCUCAACUGGAAUCCGGGGGAAAUAUGAGUCAUAAUAAGGGCAUUGUCAUGGGGCUGCUCAGUUUGCUGUUGAGGAAAUGUGCCUCUUGUUUGCUGUUAUGAGUGUCUGAGGAGGCCGUUCACUAUAAGGAAAUGGAAAUAUUGUUUGUAAGACCCUUGGAAGUUUCCUAAAGUAUUAAGAUGAACAUGACUGGAACUAGACUUAAACCAAUCUUACUUUACAUGUUUAAAUACGCAGUUGCUCAGCCUCAUAACAGCUAUUUCCACUGACUCAACACUGAAAUGCUGGAGGCACUGAAUAGGCUGGAGAGGCUCUGGGUGCUGCAAACAAUUAAUACGAUCAGCCGCUCACAUAAAAGUGGGACACUCCAUUUACUCGGAGAUGAGAAGCCUCUGAAGAAAUUCCUGGAGAUAGAAUUUCCCCAAACCAGCCAGGGAAAGCCCUAUGGAGCACACUUCUCUUCUGCCACCCCUGGGGUCAUGCUGUGUCAAAGUUGAUCGGUUGCCUAGUUGAUCGGUUGGUUGGUUGGGUGGUUGGUUAGCUGGCUGACUUGUUGGACACACACACACACACACACACACACACACACACACACAGCCCCAUUCCAUGUUCUUGGAACCAUCACCUACUGUCAAAGUAGACACUUUGUUGCAGCAUCCAGGGCUGCCCUAUAGGUUACGGGUUUGCCUUUCACUGAAAACACAACUAAAUUCUAUUACCUCACUAGAUUAUUUAAACACUUUCCUCUGGGAGUCCCAGGUUGAGGAAAAGACAAUUAUCUGACUUUUUCCAUGUAAGUGUUCAUAAUUCUAGUGGGUAUUUCCAUUGUGUGAGCCUCUCGACAUGCUUAGGUUACUCUGAGAAUACCUUUUUGAGCUGAGGGGUUACAGAAAAAGUCAGAAGGCCAUAAGCCAUUUGAACCAGAGAGGGAAGCUGUCAGAAAACCCAGAUAUUUGGUUCCAAAUUUCCUGAGGACCGUAAGUGCAUAGAAAGCAAACAAUAAACCGCACCAGCUGUGCCGAGCCCUGGAGGACUAUCUGGCUUCUGCAUCGGCUCCAACAUUAGUGACAGCUGGGAUGACAAGAGGCAACAGCUGCUGCUUGGCGGGUGUGGAGGGACAGUUCCAUUAAAUGGACUUUGCUUUUUUUCUUCUGUGAUCAUCUCUGUCCCUGCAAAAGCACAGACGUUUCCCAGGAAAAUACUGGGUGAAAUGUAUCGGGCAAUGAAUGGUAUUGACCAAGAAGUCUACGUGUAUCUAAAAAUCUCUGUAAAAUAAAUGCCAUCGAGUCAGGGAACAAGGUCCAAUCAAGUAACUGUUGACCUGCCCUUGGGAUGCCUGCAGCUCAGAGAAGCCCUCUGUAGAAUGGGAUAGGACGCUGCCCAGCCAUGUGCCGUCCCCAUGACUGGCUGCAGGUUGAACCACGGCAACCCAGAUGGUCAGGAGUAAACCAUUGCUGAUGGUCAGGAGUAAAUCACCAAGCCUUGCUUUCCAUGGGCCGAUGGGUAGACUCAAACCACCAACCCUCCAAACACAGACUGGGUUAACCAGUGCACCACCAGGAGCUCCUACUAAAUUGGAAGAUGAGAAUUAUAGAACAGAGCACUUGUGAUUUCUUCACCAUGUCUAUGCUAUGACUCAGCUUUGUAGUUUAAGAUUCCAGUCAAUUGGUAACACGUUUCCACCAAAAGACCCUGCUAGGAAAGCCUUAGUGUGGUGAACACAGGAAAGAAAAAAUGGUUUUGUUGUUUUUAAUGAUCCUGCCAGCUUCCAAAUCACAGAAAUUAAUGGAAGAGGAGAGGAGAGGAGAAGGGCAAUUUGUUGGCAACAGUAGCCCCAGUGUUCAACAUGCCAGAGUUUAUUUCAUGCCGGGCUGCAAAGCAUGCUGCAGCCACAGACAGCGAGCUGUGGCCAGUGACUAGUCAAAUAUGUUGUAAGGCCUGGCCUCCUCUGGAAGUGGAGCCUUCCACUUUGACUGUUCUAAAGCGCCUCCGAAUGGGCCAUUGUCAUGGAGGACUGUCACAGGACCCGUGGAGGAACACCUGUGUUCCUUCUGCAGAGCCCAGAGAGAGACAAUACUCUCUACUCCCCAUCUCCUCAAGAAAUCCUGGACUUACGGUCACACUGGGCAAUUGAGGAGCAAGCCCAGGGCCAAUGAAAUGAGCUUCUUUGGCCAUCCAUCUAGAAGUAAUUCUCGAUCAGAGCACUGAAGUCCCAAGGUUGUCCAACCGUUUGGCCAGCCCACAUACACAACACACACAAACAUCCCCUCCAGCUCCUCCAACACGCUAAAUGACCAUCAUUUCUACCAAAGGCCGGCCUGACUUUGCAUUUUAAAAGAAAAGACAUCUUAAAAAGCAAAAGUUGUAUUAUUUUCCAAAACACUAGCCACCUCCCCCUUGUGGUCUUUAAUGCAACGAGAUUCGUGUUUGAAGUCCAGUUCCUGUGCUCCUGCGCAUCUCACCACCACCCGCCAAUCAACAGUUAGGGACAGACCUUGAUUUGCUUUGAGCAGGUGCCUCCAGGAGCUCAGGUGUUGGAACAUUCCUUUCCUCGCGCUAUGGAAACCCUGGGUUGGAAAGCAUCUCACCCAAAUACCCAUCCUCAGAGUGGAUCCAUCAGCAGGUCUCUCUGGGGGGGAUGUGAAGAGCUGGAGGGGGAUGCAGGAAGUGUCUUACAAUGGCCAUUUCAAAACGUUAGCAUCAUGCCUACAGGCUCCCAGGAGGAACUGCUUCAGGACAAUGAAUUCAUUCUUUGUUGCUAACACCACUGAAGGGCUUCUACUGUCUCCCAGGAACUUGUGCAGACUGAGAGAAGCAGAAGGUUCUUUGGCUCACUUGAUGUUAGUAGCCUGUAAAUCGGUGUUAAGGUUUUCACUUGGAAAGGGAGCUAAAAGGAUGCCUUCCUUUACCUCAGACAGGAUAAAAGUGAAAAAUAGUUUCUACAAAGCUAAAACCCCAAUUAUACAAGACACACAAUCAUGAAAAGAGUAUUUCACCAAUUGAAUGCUUAACCCAGAUUAAUGAUCAUCUUUGGAUUUAGCAUAUUGGUUAUUGAUUAGGGGCCAAUUUAAGCUUCCAAAAUGAACCACAUUUAUGCGGAGACUAGGCUUGUGUUACACAAUAUUUGUCUUCUUUUUAAAAAGUAGAAUCCGUUACCUGUUAGUUGAACUCCCAUGAAGCAGCAUUCAUGUUGGUGGGUAGUCUUUUGCAAUGGUGGUUUUGUGUGAAAAGCUUGAUCCAGCAUUUAUCUUAGUGCAUGAUAUGUGUGUGCGCGCGCACCCAAUGCCAUCAGAUAGCUGGCAUUUGUGGGGCUCUGCUAAAGUUGUACCAAAACUCUACCAAGCUAUCCUAAGCUUAGGUAGCAGCUGCAUGUGAAAAACUGUUAUAGAAAUAUUAUCUUAUAAGGUCAAGAGGAAAAUCCUUCCAGACCACAAAGUUUGCCUGUGUGCGUUGAGUAUUUUCACCAGCAAUUUUGGAAUGCUCCGUGGGGCAUCUUGGUCUUGCCUUCUUGGGAGCUGGUUUGUCUUUCUCUCUAAAGAGUUCUUUCACCCGACAGGUUACAUGGCCUGUGACCGGAGCACGGAGUUGCGUAGCACGUAAACUCACUCCAUGUGCAAAGGCAGGGUGCUUGCGAGAAACUACAAUCCUUGCGUCCUUUGAACUGUUAGCCUAGAAGGUGCAGUUUCUACAGCCCUGCUUAGCUCUGCCUAGCUGGGCAUCCGACCCCUGGCGUGGGAUGUUUGCCAGUACAGGGGUGAAGUCUUCCUGAUGGGCUGGGCAGGCUAUGAUUUAAGAUGAUGGCAUUUUUGAGUUCUUUAUAGCUUAGGUGAUUUUUUAUUUUUACCAAUGUCUGUUAAAGACAUAGCCCUGCUUUGUAAUCUGGAAGGAACUGACACAAAUUAGCUAAACGAUAUCAAUUAUGACCAGAAAAGGGGGACUUGCCCUUAUUGUUCCUAAAGGGUCCAGAGUUCUAGAAAUACAGUAUCCCUAAUGGGGUUCAAAUAGGACUGAAUAUGGCUUGUAACUGGCACUCCUAAAGAAACGUGAUUUUAUUUUUGGUUUUGUUUGUUUGAUUUUUUUUAAGAAACCUUUACAAAAAUGUUUGGCACUCUAGUCAAAUAAUAUGUCCCCUUAUAAUAAUAAUAUUGUAAAUAGUAAUAAGAUAAAAUACUUAUUCUUGGGCUAUACACAUAGUGCUGCCAUGUUCUCUCUCUCUCUCUCUCACACACACACACACACACACACACACACACACAUACACACUUCCCUAUUUUAAUGAAGGGAAAGUCCCACAGAUGGUGCUUUCUCAGUGCUGGGAAAGAGAAGCUGUGUUAUGGUCCAGUGAUAACACAUACCUUACUUAAAAAGGUCCAUGAACUAGGUUCUUGACACUAAUUUGACCGAUGAGUCUGCAGGCCUGCUCACAUAUUGGAUUCCCAUUCAGCAGAGAGAAAAUAUAUUUUGCAAACAUCCUAGACAACAGAAAUGAAUUUGAUCUCACCUCAGCCAGGGCUCAAAUAUGAAAAUCAGACCAUCUAAGUAGUGGACAAAUUCAAUGUUCUAUUUGCAGUUCUCUUUUCUGCUUCCUGGUUUGAUUUUGAUUUUUAAUCCUGUUUCUUAACAUACCAUCUUCACAGAACAACAGGAAAAGAGACAAAUCUCACCAUUUGCCUCCUACCGGUAGCUGUUGCUACAGUGGCGUUUUAACUCACCAUUACUUGCUAAAGGAGAGUUUGAGAUUCCCUGUGCGUUUCAUUCACCUGGGCUCGCCUCUCCUUCAUCGUGCACAACUGAGAGUUGGCCGUGCCUUUAUCUCGUAACAGGAGUCUUUCCUGUAUUCAUCUUGCUUUGGGCUAGGGAUUGCUUGGGUUCAUAAAUACUGUUCUCAAAGACACUCAUGGUACACGAGCCACAGGGACAGCUGGCCUUUCAGGGACGUGAACAUGACCUACAUCUAUCUGGUAGUUUCAUACUUCAGUGAAAGUCAAGUCUGAGCACUGCUUGCUCUAUCCACGUGAUGCUUUGCCACAUGUGGUCUCCUCAUCCCUAAGAUGCGUGUGGAAUGAAAACUCUGUCCUGUAAUUCCUGUUAAUAGAGUGUCGAUGUCAAACGUGAUGUGAUGCCGUUGGACUGUCUCACUGUACAACUGUGUAAUCGUGUUUGUGAAGCUGAAAUGUCUUAAAUGUUGCAUGAAAUAUGUUAUAAAAAUAGAUUUGUUUUCUAUUUUUCAACACCUCAUAAUUGAGGGUUCAUGGGCCAAUAAGUGCAAUAUUUAAUGACUUAUCAGUGUAUAUAAACUAGUGUGAAAGAGUGAAUUGUCAUGACUGUGUGAGGCGCUUUGAUGGCUGUGUAACUUCUUCAAAUGACUUCUAGUAGCUGUAUUUGUCUAGUGGUGCAAUGGAUGCAGUAAAUACCUUAUUGGUGUCAUGUGGGACCCCUUUAUGCCACUUCAAAGUACUGACCUGUUUUUACCUCUAGGAGACCAAACAUUCAGUGUCUGAAUAAUCGUCAGUUUUACCUUUUAGAACGAUGGACUUUAAUGGCUGUUAGUUUAAUUUGAUAAAGGCAUGUCCUUAUUUGUCUCAGAAGUCUCCUUAAGUCACUUAUAAGUGUGUACCUUUUAUUUAAUCUAGAUACUUAAGGAAAAUAUGCACAUAAGAAAACGUCACUUUUGUUGUUCUUCUCGGGCUGGUUAUAUGCUCGGCUGCUCUUGUAUUUUGUGUGGGUGUUCUAUUGUUACUUGAUCUUGUAUUUUGCAAUUUGAAUCUGUCAACCCUGGGCAUCCUAAAGUCUCCGUGUCUUUUAGGCUGUAGCUCGUGUCACAGUCCCUCGCUCACUUCAAUUGUCCACACAGAUGGUAGAGGAGAAACAAACGAACAGCAGAGUCCUUAAGCCCCGUGGGAACGUCAUCAACGGCUCAUACCUUCAUCCUCACAUCCCCUGGGCUAGUCUCAGAGCGGUGGCCUGCAGCAUCACUGGACAGCAAAACAAGACAUUAGCCCUGGCUUCUGGAUUACCGAACGUUCCAAGUAUAUGAUGCUUAAAGUAGAUUUAAUGACCUCAAGCUCUGUUUUGCCAUUUCAAGUUUUAAAGCGAGGCUAUUGUUUUCAGGCUGCGCCUUGCCUGCUCACUUCAUCCAGAGUAUGCCGCAAUGUCCUUAGGAAGAAAGACCGAGUUAUGAUUGGCUCCCUCACAGUGCUGCAGGGCAGUCGGCUUUGUAAGGCCAAGGACCUCUCUGGUCCUUUGAGUCCUUCCGUGUUCUUUGUGGUACUUGGCCGGAAAUUGAUAUGUGAAGAUGUGCCAAUCAUUCCAACGGACUCCAGACUACCAUGGGCAACACCAGGCCCAGUUUUAUAUAUUAGAGCCUGAAUUUUGUACUCAUCUUUCAAACCCCACUGAAGAAGCCAUGGGAAGGCAGGUAGAACAAGGAGAUUAGGGAGAACUUUCUGUGCCAAAUUUUUAGAAGACAAAUGGAAGAAGGUAGUGAACAUUAGAAUGAUGAUUUAUGGUUAGAGUUCAAUGUUUAGUUAGUGGACCCGUCGUUACUGAACAACUGCUCAGAAUAGAACAUAGAAGGGCUGUGACUCGUGCUCAUACAGACUGAAUGAGGCAUAAGACAGAACAUCAGGACCUAAGAUACAUGCUGGAUUAUGUCUUGAUACUGAGCCCAGAGAAGACUGGACGAGUCGCAGCUCCAUUGAAAUGUGUAGGCGUGACCCUAGGACGACAUCGGUAGACAAAUAAAUGGGAAGGUCCCAGCAUGUUCCAUGUAAAUGAAAGAGGGGCCAUCUAGUGACUGUGGGUCAUGAUUUUUCCCACACAGGCAUACUGGCCUUGGGCAAUCCCCAGAUGGCUCUCAUUUCACACUCUCCGCGUUUGUCUCCAUGAGGAACACAAGAUGUCACAUUGUCGUAUUUCUCGGUCCUGGAAGCCCAGAAUGGGCCACAAAACACAAAUGGCUUGAAAGCCACAUUAGAGUAGCUGAUUUUGAAAUUUUUGUCCAUGUGUCAAGCUCUGACACAUUGGCUAAUCCCACGUCACCCAGAUAAAUACGUGCCCAGAGGCUUGUCUGUACUCGGUCCCUGAGAGACCCCAGGAAGUACGCAGAUGAAGGCCCUCUCAUCACCAGGCACUUUGGACUACUUCUCGGUGAAUGUACUGUGAAACUCUUCUUAAGAAAAAUAUAUUGAGUAACAGCUUAAUGCUUUGACAUAGUGAUCGUGUUGUUUAGUGAAAAAAAAAAAACAACUGCUGCAUAGCCAAUAUCGUGACUCUUCAUGUGUCCACGGGAGCUCUUGUCUGGGUUUAAAGCUAUGACAUUUAUUCACAUUGUGAAGUUUUAAUGCUUAUUGAAAUUGUGUAAAGACUGUAUGUGUUCUAUUGGGUAUUCUGUUCACAUGUGAAUUCUGUAUGGAAUGUGGUUUUUGUUCUUUGGGUUUGUCUAGUUUUCUUUUAUGGAAAACACAAUAAAUAUCUAAGAGACUAUAUUCCUGAAUUAA